AUGGUAAAUGAAAUUCAAGAUUAUAUUCAAAGACAAUCAAAUUCCCAAUCAGAUUUUUAUUUUAUUUAUUCAGUUACAAUUAAAUGUAAAUUUUCAACCAAUAUUGUAAUGAAUUCACAUUUUGAUUCAAAUCAUAGAAGUAAAGCACAUCCAUUUGGAAAAGUUACAAGUGGUUAUGAGAAAUCAGAUCAUGCAACCUUUAAAAUUGAAUUUAAUAGUCAUACUACAACACCAAACUUUAAUGUUUCAAUUAAAGUUACAAAAAUUGAAGAAACUUUGGUUGAACCAAAAAAGAUUACAAUUUUAGAAGAACAUGGAAAUGGAGAUUUAAUUUUAUUUCAUAAUCAAUUAAAUCAUUCUGAUCACUCUAUCAUUGAUCAAAUGGAUAUUAUCUUUUUUUUUAGAAAUAAUAAUUGGAUUUGGAAAAAAAUAUCAUCAUCAGAGCUGAAUCAAUCAUCCAUAUUGACAUCACCAUCAACAACCACUCAAACCAAACAAACAACCUUUUCAUUUUACGAUCAAUUCAUCCAAACUAUACUUGGUAACUAUUUUCCCAUCAUUGAAGAAUAUCAAAGACAAUCAACAAUCAAUCACAACAACAACAACGACAACAAUAAAAUUUAUAAUUUAAUUUAA